CGGCUGCCCGCCGGUGCGCCUAUAAAUUGGAGGAGUCGUGUGACAGCUCGCCAGAAGUCUGUAACCUCAACCAGUGGCUCUUUGGAAUACUUCCUGCGGGAAUAUAGGCUAACCUUCUAUCAUUUUUCCAGACGGAAUUUGGAAUCGGAGAUUUGUACAACAAGUGGUAUGCUACUUCGGGAUAUUAAUCCAAAUUCCAUAGUUUUUAUGGCCAAAGACAUCUCAAAUGGAAAACAACUGACACAACAAAGAAGAAUCCCCGUUGAAAAGACCUGAGGUAAUUACAUAAGCUGCUCCAAAACAACAUUUAACAAAUAAGAUACUGCAACUUUUGAGCUCACAGAAGAAGCAGAGAUGGUUGGAAUCAAGCCCACAGACUUGGCCCCAACAGCCGCAGUGAAGUUCUUUGGCGCUGGAACAGCGGCAUGUAUCGCUGACUUGGUGACCUUUCCCCUGGAUACGGCCAAAGUGAGGCUUCAGAUCCAGGGAGAGGCCAAAGCAGCAGAAGGAGCAGUGGGAGUGAAAUAUCGGGGUGUGUUUGGCACCAUCAACACCAUGGUGCGCACCGAGGGCCCGCGGAGUCUCUACAACGGUCUAGUGGCUGGACUGCAGAGACAAAUGAGCUUCGCCUCAGUCCGCAUUGGCCUCUAUGACUCUAUGAAGCAGUUCUACACCCGAGGAUCUGAAAAUGCAAGCAUUGUGAGUCGGUUGCUGGCUGGUUGUACGACGGGGGCCAUGGCCGUGGCGUUUGCACAGCCUACAGAUGUUGUGAAGGUGCGCUUCCAGGCCCAAGCACGUGUAGCUGAUGGAGUGAGGAGAUAUAAUGGCACACUGGAUGCCUACCGGACCAUCGCUCGCGAUGAAGGUGUCAAAGGACUGUGGAAAGGCUGCAUGCCGAAUAUCACCCGAAAUGCCAUCGUCAACUGCGCUGAGCUGGUCACCUAUGACAUCAUUAAGGAGCUGAUCCUGAAGUACGAUCUAAUGACAGAUAACCUACCCUGCCACUUCACGGCUGCGUUUGGAGCGGGUUUCUGCACCACCGUCGUGGCCUCUCCAGUGGAUGUGGUGAAAACCCGCUUCAUGAACUCCUCUCCAGGGCAGUACAGCAGUGCCAUUAACUGUGCCAUCACCAUGCUGACCAAAGAAGGACCAACAGCCUUCUACAAGGGGUUUAUGCCCUCGUUUCUACGUCUGGGAUCCUGGAACAUUGUGAUGUUUGUCUCCUACGAGCAAAUCAAGAGAGCCAUGACAAGAGCGCAGCAGUCGUGGGAGUCGCCAUUUUGAGCUGCCGCUGCACAAAGAAGGCCUUAAAAAGAUAUGAAGGAUAACGUAUUCUCACUUUGAAUCUGAUUACUCCCCGGAGAGGACAAUACGGGUGUGUGGAAAUCCUCUGUGGUGGUGGGAGAAGACUCAGAAGACGGUAUGGGAUUAAGUUUUAUCUUAAACAUGGACUGAGAAGAAAAAAGACCAGUAAAGAUAACCCACUGUGGAUUUAGGCCAAAGGUCACGCUUACCACUACUAGAAGACGGGUUGUUAGGCAAAUGCAGGACAUUGCACUCUCUAACUUGCGCUAAUGCACACAAAAAAUGACUGUGAGGCUAAAAACCACUGGGAAAUAAGGACACUUUCCAAGAGAAGCGAAAAACAUUUCAAUACUUUUCCUAUAGAGCUGUGUAUUCGUCUACUCUGUAGAGCUAUCAUAUAUGUUCUGUCAUGUAGAAGAGUACAGUCAUGUUUACAGAAGUGUUAGUGCUUCACAGCUGUGUUUACAAGUGCUAUGAACUUAUGAAUGUGGGGUCCAUAGCUGGUGAAAUGUAUGUACUAUUAUGAACGCACAUCUACGUUGAUUAAUUGUUUAAAACAGUCUUUUAUACAAUGUCCAUUCCUGUCAAUAAAAACAAGAAUUUAAAUUGUAUUAGUUAA